AUGCUGCAGCUGCGGGACUCGGAGGAGGGCGCCGGGCCGGCGCUGCUGGUACCGGCGGCCGAGGCCGACGUGCCCUUCACGCCGCCGGGAGACGUGGACGCCUCGCUGGGGGCGCCCCGGCAGACGCUGCGGCCGCUCAACGUCCGCAACCCCACCCGCGGGGGCCGCCUGAAGGAGUACUUCGUCUUCCGGCCGGGCACCAUUGAACAGGCGGUCAACGAGAUCCGGGUGGUGGUGAUGCCUGUGGAGGACGGGGAGGUCCAGAGCGUCUGGCUGCUGACCGAGAUUGACCACUGGAACAACGAGAAGGAGCGCCUGGUCCUGAUAACCGACCGAUCCCUUUUGAUCUGUAAAUACGACUUCAUCAGCCUACAGUGCCUGCAAGUGACCAGAAUCUCACUUAAUGCCGUCGACACCAUUUCUACGGGCCAGUUUGAGUUUCCUCCAAAGUCCCUCAACAAGCGAGAAGGCGCCGGGAUCCGAAUCCAGUGGGACAAACAGAGCCGGGCUUCCUUCCUCAAUCGAUGGAACCCUUGGUCCAGCAACGUGCCCUACUCCACCUUUACCGAACACCCCAUGGCUGACGCCGACGAGAAGAUCGCCUCUCUGUGUCAGCUGGAGAACUUCAAAACCCAGCUGGUCCAGGCUGUCAAGAAGGCCCACAGGGAAUGUCCUCUGCCAGGGCGGGCCAACGGCGUCCUGCUCCUGGAGAGACCGCUUCUGAUCGAAACCUACGUGGGGUUGAUGUCUUUCAUCAACAACGAAGCCAAGCUGGGCUACUCCAUGACCAGAGGGAAAAUUGGAUUCUGAAAAGCAGAGCCGAGUUCACCGUCGCCCCCCCCUAGAAGAG